UACUACACACCGCUGAUGGAGAAGUACGAGAAGAUCUCGAAGAUUGGAGAAGGCUCGUACGGGAUGGUGUUCAAGUGCCGCGUUCGGGACACCGGUCAGCUGGUGGCCGUCAAGAAGUACGUCGAGACCGAGGACGAUCCGCUCAUCAAGAAGAUCGCGCUGCGAGAGAUACGCAUGCUCAAGCAAUUGAAGCAUCCGAACCUUGUGAACUUGAUCGAAGUGUUCCGGCGGAAACGGAAGCUGCACCUGGUGUUUGAAUACUGCGAACACACUGUCCUAGACUUCCUGGACAAGCAUCCAAAAGGCGUCCCAGACGCACUUACGAAGAGGAUGAUAUUCCAGACGCUACAAGCCAUCAACUUCUGCCACUCGCAUAACUGCAUUCACAGGGAUGUAAAGCCUGAAAACAUCUUGCUCACCAAGGAUGGAAUCGUCAAACUUUGCGACUUUGGCUUUGCUAGGACGCUAAGUCCCGGUGAGAACUACACGGAUUACGUCGCCACCCGUUGGUAUCGGGCGCCCGAGCUGCUGGUUGGCGACACGCAGUACGGCCCGCCUGUUGACGUCUGGGCCGUGGGCUGCGUAGCCGCCGAACUGAUGCGCGGCGAGGCCCUGUGGCCCGGAAAGUCGGACGUCGACCAGCUCUACCUCAUCCGCAGGACGCUGGGCGAGCUUAUACCCAGGCAUUUGCAGAUCUUCAAGACUAACGACUUCUUUGCGGGGGUCAGCAUUCCGGAUCCGGAAGUAGUCGAAUCCCUACAAUCUGCAAUACCAGCUACCAUAGAUACAUCCGGAAUUGAUUUUUUGAAGAAAUGCCUUGACAAGGAUCCUGCCAAACGGUGGACGUGUGAGCAACUGCUGAAGCACCCGUACCUCGCCAACUGCAAAGCCUCUGAAGUGGAUGUCGAGGACAACGUUCGAAUACGAAGAGAAAAGUCUAGGAACGGCACUCAGCACCAGUCCUUGUUUCCACACCUUCCUGGGCACUCCGGAAGUGGGUACCCGACGCCAGACAUCCGGGCUUCCCACUUGCACUCCCGACAUUCGCAACCACUGCAGGGCCAACAGUCGCAGCAGUCAUCUUCGCGCAAGUUCGAUCAUUUGCCAAACAUCUGACGCCUAGGUCCUGGGACAUUGUACCACUCUGUCCCCAAGUCCUUCACUGGAUGGUCCUGGAAGUAGUCCCGAGACAGAGACUGGCGUACUUUCUUCAGUGACGUGUUAUGUCUCUCCUUCGGAGUAGAGUUGCAACAUGGACGUUGUUGUGUAAAGGUCUCACUGUGUGUCUGAAAUAGUAAGAGACUGUGUGAAGCGUGGCUUAACAGAAGACAGUUCUUUCU